AUGGGUAAUGUACCGAAGCCUUUUGUUUUACUUGAGGAAGUUUUACGACUUUUCAACGACAAUCCCGAUUUUUAUUUUUGUUUUGGAAGAGACAUAACACAUUGCACACAAAAGUUGGUGGUCUGGAGACAUUUUUCUUUUAACAACACUGAUCCAGAUGAGCGAUUUUACUGGAACAAACUGCUAUUGAAGGACUUAUUGGAGGAGACUACAGAUAAGAAUCUAGCUAAGAAAUGGUCAUUGUUCAUAUUACUUACUGAACCUCGUUUGAAGAGUAAUGCCAUUGUAUUAAGGAUUGUACCGGUUCGUGGAUCCGUACCAAUUUUUUGGAGCCAGAAAGGCUUUAAAUAUCGUCCUCCACUAUCUAUCGACCGUUCCCUGGAGGAGAGUAUGCCGUAUUUUACCACUCAUAUGCAAAUGCUGAUUAGUCACUACGGGUCACCUUUGGUCGCCGUAAAUCUUGUUGAUCAAGCCGGUCGAGAAUUGGAACUAGCGAAGAGUUUCGUGGAGGUGAAUAUUCAGAAGCUUGGUCCGGUUUUGUUUUACUCAGGUUCUGUAUCUGUAAAGUUUCUGAAUUCGUUCAAGCACGCCGCAAGAUUCAACUCGCCUGACUUGCAUUUCGUUUCCUUUGAUCUCCACCGGCAUUGCCGCGGUUUAAAAUUCGAUAAGAUUGGCGACAUCAUCUCAAGAAUGGAAGACUUACUGCGAGAAAUUGGUUACUGCUGGGUAGACAAGACAGGUGAAGUUGUGAAAACGCAAAAAGGUGUGGUGCGAACAAAUUGUGUAGAUUGCUUGGAUCGAACCAAUUUAGUACAGUACGCUGGAACUGCAGCAUUGAAAGGAGACGUUACACGAAGUGGCGAACGACGUCUUACCGGAAUCAUGAAAGAU